GCUAGAGAAAUUGAUUUUUUUUUUCAAUGCAAGAUUUCCUUCACUUAGGCAAUUUGUAUGACUCCUAUUUGUAGAAAAAUUAUGUCUUUAAGUCUGUCUUGACUUUUCCAUUGAGUGACAGACCCCAGUGGACUUUGAUUCUCACGAGUCGUCUUGUGCAAAUUCGUGCCUGCCCCCCUCCCCAUUUUUCUUGGACAACCCUGAUUUUUUGUUCGGAAGUUGGGAAAGAGCUUGUAGGCUUAGCCACCAUGGCCUUAGACAUCCGCCUUAAGAAGGUGAAUAAGAUCUACUACGAGGGGGAGCUCGUGUCUGGAGUUGUGGUCAUCCAGAGCAAAGGAGACAUGCAGCAUCAAGGUGUGAACCUCUCUAUGGAGGGCUCAGUCAACCUACAGCUGAGUGCCAAAAGUGUAGGUGUCUUUGAAGCCUUCUACAACUCCCUCAAGCCCAUCCAACUGGUCAGCUAUGCGGUAGAGCUGGUCAAACCUGGCAAGCUGCCCUCCGGUAAGACCGAAAUUCCGUUUGAAGUUCCCCUGAAGCCAAAGGGACACAACAAGGUCUUGUAUGAGACGUACCACGGCGUGUUCGUGAACAUUCAGUACCUGCUCCGUGCAGAGGUGAAGCGUUCCCUGCUGAACAAAGACCUGACCAAACAGAGUGAGAUCAUUCUAGAGUACAGGGACUCCAAGGAGAAGGCUGUGGCCAAACCUGUGCCCUUCACCAUCACACCAGACUCACUACAGAACAUCAAGGAGAAGAGUCAGAUUCCAAGGUUUGUAGUGAAGGGCAAGCUGGAUUCCUCCGUAUGCUGCCUGUCACGCCCCUUGACGGGAGAGUUGGUGGUGGAGAGCUCCGAGUCGCCCAUCCGCUCCAUCGAGCUGCAGCUGGUUCGUGUGGAGACCUGCGGGUGUGCCGAAGGCUACGCUCGCGAUGCCACAGAGAUCCAGAACAUCCAGAUUGGUGAAGGCGACGUGUGCAGGGGCCUGACGCUACCCAUCUACAUGAUCUUCCCGCGCCUGUUCACCUGCCCCACCCUCAUCACCUCUAACUUCAAGGUGGAGUUCGAGGUGAACGUGGUGAUCGUGUUACAGAAUGACCACCUCAUCACCGAGAACUUUCCUCUCAAGCUGACCAGGAUCUGAGGGCAAUAAAAUUGAAGGGCUGCAAUACUAACUUGUUGCAGCUUCAUCGUCAAGUUGUACACAGCCAUUUGAACAGAAAAAGACAUACUGUAUAGCAAGAUGGCAAUGAAAAGAAUAAGAAAAACUUCUGUUAUGCAUUGAUUUGUAUAUGUAAUUAAGGUUACAUGCAAUGCAGAGGGGAACUAGAGAUAAUAAAGUCAAAGUCAAAGAGAUGCUCUAAAUCUAUGCAGGACAACUUCAUUGUGCUGUACUUGCCUAGCAAACUUUGUCGUCUGCAGGCAGAUUCAAGUAGAUUGUCAAACAUCUGGCAACAGACACAGCCAAGUAAGAUACCUGCUUUUUGAAUAGGAAUGUUACCACGAACCUCAGUGCCAUGAAUUGGCCCAGCAGUAAUAUACCAAGCUACAUUAUUCUUGCUUGAGUCUGUUGGUACAUCAGACUUUGUACAUCUUAGCCAUUUAGCUAAAGACACAAAAAAAGAGACACAAACACCACAGUCACGAAGUCAAUUUUUCUUGCACAAAGUUCUUGAUAGAAAACAGCACAGCAGUGUAGUAAGGAAGUACACCAAGUUCAAGUAUCGUUAUCAUCUCAGUUUUUACACCUGCACCAGACCUUUGGAACUUGACAUGCAUGUAAAAAUAGUUUUAUCCCAUCUGUAACACAUGAUGCAUCACAUGAGGACUUAAGAUUAUGAACCAUACAGUACGGGUGGGCACCUGUACUGGUGCAAAACUGAUCUUUCUUGCUGUUCUGGUCCAAAAGAAGGACUGGAAAAAUCAAUGGAUUGCCUUUGGACCAAUUUGAAAACAAGCAGUAGUGGUUCCUGUGAGAUGAUUGGUUAGGGAAAGGUGUGGUACUUUUGGCCCAAAUGUUCAGUUUGGGGUUGCUCUUUUGAAAAGUCAGAGGUAAUAUGCACUAUAUUCCAGUAUACAAUUUGAAACUACUAGUAAUUUGAAGCCCUCACAGAGACAUGAAUGUCUCACUGUCUGAAAUAUGAUCUAGUACUGGGCUACUAUAAUCAGAUCCAGGUUCAUGUCCAGACCUGGACUGGAUCGUCUGUACCAGGACCCACCCUUACCAGACAGAUAUACUGGUCUAAACUUCAACAUGCAGCUCAAGUUCCAGUCAAGAAGAGAAAAGCAGAGACUUUACAAAACCUGACUUUGGUAUGUUUGCGUGGCUACAAUGGAAAUAAGCAGGAAUGUUCAUAUUGUUCCACAAUCAACUUACUUCUUGGUUAAAUGCAUUUACAUAAUUGAUUUAAAAUGGGGCUGUCUCAAUUCAAAAUGUCUUCUCAAAAAACAAGUUCAUUGUAAAAGUAUUGAAUAAAGCAUUGAAAUCUGGUUUGAAGAUGCUUAGUUUUUUGAGAAAACACAAGUUGAGGUAGUCCCCUAAGGUACUAGUAACUUUACCAUUCAAGUGAAAUUGCAUAAAUUUCAUCAUUACCUGUACAGUACAUUGUGAUAACCUGAACUGCAAAUCAUUCUGUAUGAAGUAAAAUUUACAUCAUUAAUAAAUUAUACAUGUACAAGCUAAGGAUAGUCUUACAUGUAUUCUAGGUGACCAGAGUUACUUGCUGGUGUAGUAAUAUGUGAUGACCUUAACUUGAAACCACAUCUGUGUUCGUAGAAGCCUUUCUGAUGCAAAGUUGAACUUUAAUUUCCAACAAAAAAAAUUGGACUUACCCAAAGUUUCAACUGACAAACAUGUCAAGGAAUGAGCAAUCUGCCCCCCAUUCAAUGUCAUAUUAAUCAGACAGAGAGCAGUGGAUCAUAAGUUGUAGAAAGUCUAUUACAUGAGGCCUCUACAACCAUCUGUCAACAGGACAGGGUGCCAUAGACUUUCUGCAACUUAUGAUCCACUGCUUACCAAGUCAUGUGUCCUAUUUGCAUAAUGUGACGCCACAGAAGCAGUGGACUGCUCAGACGAGUUGGUCAGUAAAAAAUUCGGGUUAGUCCAUUUUUGUGUUGGAAAUUACAGUUAACAUUGAUUCAGGACAUCUUAUGACCCUUAAAGUACACAUGCAGUGAUAAGUAAUCCUGUGGUCACUAAAACACAUCAAAAUUGAUAAGUAAUUCUGUGGUCACUGAAACAAAUCAAAAUUGAUAAGUAAUUCUAUGGUCACUGAAACAAAUCAGAAUUGGACCAACUUGCAGGGUUCUAUCUUAUUCUUAGGACCUGAUGUUGCACAUAUUGCCCGACAGUGUAGAUAUAGGCUCAUAUCUUGGUGCCCUGACAAUCUUCCUUCUUUUAAUGCUUUAAAACCCUUAGUUGGUUAAAGAAAAAAAACAAUAAUACAAACUACAUCAGGAGUCCUUAACUGAAAUGCUUAAGCUUUUACAGUUUUACACAUGUACUAAAUUUUGCAGAAGAUUACAAAAUUUAAAUGUUUCUUUUAUACUGUAUUCAGGUGAACUUUGCUGUAUCUGAUUCUCCUGUUUGGGAGUCACCAUUGGGGCCCUGCCUUCUGUACACUACAGUAACACAUGGACAAAUCGGUAUAUCCACCACUCCACAGGAACAUGCAUUAGUACACACUUGUUGUGAAGAAGGGCCACAGAUAUACAUGUAGCCUGGGUGCCAUCCUCCGCAGUAACUGCUGGCUCAAGCCAUGCUUUUCAAGCGAAAAGAUUGAGAGCGGUUACUACUGAGGAUGACACCCAGGCUACCACAUACACAUAGCAACAUUGUCCAGGGGACUUCACUUUCUCUGCUACUUUGAACAAGGAAUGGCACAAGGACAUGCAGAAAAAGCAAUACUGGGUGACAGUUCUUCACUUUCACCUCUUCUUUACCUUAAAAUGCCACCUCGUAUACAAAUAGCAGAGGAAAAGUUAACUCCUCAAUCUGGCGUGUUGUCCUAAAUUAAAAGGCAGCAACAGGAUCUUCAAUAAAAGGUCAUUCUCCUAUGCAGAGCUGAAUAUGUGGCAUAGAAACUUCUCUAGAUUCACCUCUGCUUAAUCAAACUGCCUGUUGCACUAUUGACCUGACUUGCUUACAAAUAUCAAUGACCAUGCCGUAUUUGGCACAAGCCAGUUAGCAUGCACCGCCUAGAUUUCAAAUGUCUAAUAUUGUUGGCAUGCAAGUGAACAAAUUUGUUUUCUUUAGCAAGAGGUUUCUAGGUGUUUUCGCCUAGCAUUUUUUUAUGCUGCAAUUGCCCUGUGCGUACAGAUCCCACGGAUCUAAAAUUUGAAACCCAAUUACCAAUAACGACUGUCUCAGUCUCAGCAUAGUAAUGGGCAUGCCUUAUUUAGCACAAGCUUUCCCUUGGACAACACAAAGGCAGAGUUGAACUAAGAGUUUUAGGACACUGGUUCGAAUCUGUGCAGGAGAAUGAACAAGAUAAUAGACCAUCACGAGAUCAGACAGUACUGCACAAAUGCAGUAAAAGCACUCUACAAGAAUAUAGAAGCAUAUAACAUGGAUAGAUACAUGUAUACGAAUAUAAAUGUUAGGGUACAUGUGCAUAAGAUCAAAAUUUAUUACGUGUAACAAUCAUAUAUUUCCACCACCAUUAAAUAAUGUUAUUAAGAAAAUCUCUGAGGAAAAACAAAUCAAAGUUACCUUCUAUUAGAUUGCACAUUUUCCACUCGUGAUACACAUAAACUGCUAGACAAAAAUGGUGCGUGCACAAAAAUGGCAAUAUUGAAGUAAAUUAAAGAUUCUAGGGAUGAUAAAACUUUGGCUAUCACCAUCUUUUUUCUUGUUUCAGAUUUAUAACACAGACAAGGUCACAUGAUCAAGCACAGAUAUUCUUCACAACACACACAGACUGCAUGCCACAAGUCUUGAGUAGUAUGCCCUGACUAGUAUGUUCACUUUCCCCCAGUUCUAAGGAGUGCAAAUUUAAAGAAAAAAAAUAUAGACUAUACACUUAUUCUGGGCAAAUGCAGGUAGAACAAAUCACAAUCUUGUUCCUAGGAUGACUGCUAGUAUAUAAAAGUGGUACACCCCAAUAUGUUGGUCAUGAAUAUUGGUCAUCAGCACUCCUACAAUAUAACAUCUGUAUGUAUAAUUCAACAUUAAGAAAAAGACUAGAUCAAGCACAUUCACUGCAAACUGCAAAGAAGAUCUACCAAAAGGACUUGAGAUGUUUCUGUAACUUUACAGAACUCCCAUCAUUUCCGCUGGUUGUUCAUGCAACUACUUCAUGUACUAUUACUUGUAUGCAGAGUGCCAUGUACUUUUUCAGACGGUAAAAAUCUGCACAUAUAUACAGAUCCCAGCACGACCCAUGUGUAGUAGAGUAGAAAAGUUUGAAGGCAUUUCAUGGCUUUACAGCUGUACAAGACCAUAACUGGUUGGGGAGGGGGGUGCCCUAGUACAUGUAUCAGAGGCAUGGUUCUGUUAUAACCUACAUUAGGCUACACCAAUUUAAUUUCUUGGUUCUCGGAUUUCCCGACCCAUUUUUUUCCGAUUUUGAAAAAAAAAAAA